GUGUCGAACUCGUGCUAAAGAUUGUUGUUGUUUUUAUUUUUUUAUUUUAUGAGCGAUUUUACGAUGAAAAUCGAGAUGAAUCCCGCUGCGAAAGAAGCAGGGAAGACUGCUAAGGAUUCUAAAGAUGACAGCAAGCCUAUAAAAGGGGAUGAAAAGGCUCCAAAAUCGCCUGAUAUUUCGUUUGAAGUUGGUGAUUUCUGCCUUGUGAAGAGACCCGCGGAUAACAAUUGGCAUCCAGCUGAAAUCAUCCAAAAACGAAAUAACGUUGAAGAAAACACAAUUGAAUAUUAUGUUCAUUAUAAUGGAUUCAACCGUCGUCUGGAUGAGUGGGUGUCAGAUGUCCGAGUUGAUAUAUUCAAAUCAAAAAUCACGGAAGAAAAGUCCGAAGAGAAGUCAGACAAUGAAGGACCAGAAAGAAAACUGACCAGAAACCAGAAACGAAAACAUGAUGAAAUAAAUCAUGUCCAGAAAACCUAUGCUGAAAUGGAUCCAACAACUGCUGCAUUAGAGAAAGAACAUGAAGCAAUAACCAAAGUGAAAUAUGUUGAUAAAAUUCAAAUUGGAAAAUAUGAAAUUGAUGCAUGGUACUUCUCGCCAUUUCCGGAUGACUAUGGUAAACAAACCAAGCUCUGGAUCUGUGAAUAUUGUUUGAAAUACAUGAAAUACGAACACACCUUUUGUGAUCAUAUGACAAAGUGUACUAUGCGCCAACCUCCGGGAAGAGAAAUUUAUCGCAAAGGAACAAUUUCUGUUUAUGAAGUUGAUGGUAAAGACCACAAGAUCUACUGUCAGAACCUCUGUUUAACAGCCAAGUUAUUCUUGGAUCAUAAAACACUUUAUUUUGAUGUUGAGCCGUUUGUGUUUAACAUCUUAACGGAAGUUGAUCGUGACGGAGCGCAUUUGGUCGGAUACUUCUCAAAGGAAAAAGAAUCCCCAGACGGAAACAACCUGGCUUGUAUCUUAACGUUGCCUCCGUACCAACGAAAGGGUUAUGGGAAAUUUCUCAUCGCAUUCAGCUACGAGCUCUCCAAACUAGAAGCAGCAGUUGGUUCACCUGAGAAACCUUUGUCAGAUCUUGGAAAAUUGAGCUAUCGUAGCUACUGGUCCUGGGUUUUGCUCGACAUUCUCAGAAAUUUACGAGGAACAUUAUCUAUCAAAGAUUUAAGCACAAUGACAAGCAUCACACAGGAAGACAUUAUCAGCACACUGCAAUCCCUCAACAUGAUCAAAUAUUGGAAAGGACAACACGUGAUUUGUGUCACACCGAAGCUAGUGGAGGAGCAUGUCAAGAGUGCACAAUACCGCAGACCAGUGCUUACUGUAGACACUUCAUGCCUAAGAUGGGCACCAACCAAGAGAAUAAAGAAAGUCAAACAUUAGUGGAUAUUAUAUUAUUAAUGUUGGCUUCACAAUCGCUUGAAGUACCGGGUGCUCAGCUCUUUUCUUCUUGUAAAUAAAUAGCCUGGCAUUUCAUGGUUGAGAACAACAUAUAAAUAAUUUAUCCCAUGGUACGUGAUAUAGAUACGUGAUACGGAUGCGGAUACGUGAUACGGAUACGUGUUCUUAAAAAUUUUUAUUGUCUUGUAAAAUCUUGGUCCUUAUUCGUCCGGAAAUGACAGUUGAAGUAGCUCUGCAUGAGCUCACAAUAACUACAAUAUUUUAAUUUCGCUGUCCUUAAAGUCGUCCAGCCAUAAUCCAGUGACCAUGGUUUUGAAAUAUCAGACACAAUGCAUUUACUACAAUGGCAUGCAACUAUACAAAAAUAUAAAAAACCCAAUGUCCUUUGAAGUUUGAAUGACAUCGCUAUGUAACAAUGAUUACUUCCUAAUCUCUUAGAGCUGAAAGAGUGUUACAUUUGUAAGAGAAUUCUAAGAUUUUAAGCUUUUCAAGAGAGGAAAUGCCGCCUGCAUGCAACAGAAUUGUAUUUAUUGAUUUUUACGUGUGAAAAAAU